CCCAAAAAACCCCUGCUGCCUCCGACGCGCUCUUAUUAACUCUUGCCCCCCCCCCCCCCCCCCCAUCCUGAUCUCGCCGCUCCCCGUCAUUCUUGGUCGCGGAAAGCCAAAUCUCUAGCCCCGCAAUGGAUCUCGACAUGGACGACUACAUGGACCCCUACGACGAGGCGGAGGCCGACGCCGCCGCGGAGGCCGCCGGCGUCAACGGCCCCACCAUUGCCGCGUCCGACGGCGAGGAGUCGGACGACUCCGACGCCGAGAGCGACUACGAGGACAAGUCCUACGCCCUGCUCAAGUCCGGCAAGCACCGGGUGCGCAACCCGGACGGCACCUUCCGCUGCCCCUUCUGCCCGGGCAAGAAGAAGCAGGACUACAAGCUCAAGGACCUCCUCCAGCACGCCGACGGCAUCGGCGUCUCCAGCAAGCACCGCCGCCACGGCAGGGAGCGCGCCUUCCACCGCGCCUUUGGCCGCUUCGUCCGCGAGGACCCCUCCUUAGCCCACGAGCUGGCCACCAUCGUUGGCCUUCCAGACCCGUAUCCGGCUGCCCCUCCUAAACCAGAUGCCGCCGCCGCCGCCGCUGACAAGGGAAAGGCCGUCCUUCCCAAUGGCCACAUCACUGGAGGAUCCAGCUCUGCGGCAGCCACCCAGGGACCGCCGCAGGAUGGGAAGGAGAAGUUCGCUUGGCCAUGGUGUGGGAUCCUUGCCGCAGGUGCCGGGUUCAAUGCCGAUGCCUUUGCCGAUAGAGUGGCCAUGUUCAGCCCGGAAAACAUCGUGCCCUUAGUUUUCGACGAGUCUCAAGGCAUGGAAUGUUACGCGAUCGUGCGCUUCGCUCCUGGCUGGGGUGGAUUCAGCGACGCUCUCGCGCUCGACAACCAUUUCAGCAUGAAUAAGCUUGGCAAGAAGGAAUGGGAGGCAUCAAAGAUUAGUUCUGGAGGUGCUCUGAACAACGGAGAGGGGAACAACAGCAGCGAUUCUGAGAUUAAGGUUUAUGGAUGGGUUGCCCGAGAGGUGGAAUACACCGCUGGGGAUCUGGUGGGAAGAUACUUGAGGAAGCAUACCAAUCUCAACACCAUAGAUGAGAUCACCAAGCGUCAGAGGGAGCCAAUGGGCAAGGUUGUGGCUAAACUGGCAUCUCAGCUCCAGGCUAAGAAUCAACAUGUGCAGGAUCUCGAGACAAAGACAAAUGCAACUGAGUUCUCUAUUGCAAGGCUUGAGGCUGACAAUAGGAAGCUGCAUGAGGAAUAUAAUGAAGCAAUGCGCAACCUGCAUCGCAAGGCUCGUGACAAUGCUGUGAGGAUCUUCCAGGACAACGAAAAUUUGAAGCUUGAAAUAGAAAACAACAAGAGAGAACUGAUUUCACGUGCUAAGGAGCUGGAGAAGUUGUCAGCUGAGAAUGCUAACGACAGGAAAAGGCUUGCUGAACUUGCUGAUGAGAAGCAAAAGACAAAAGACGACAAAAGUGAACUUGAGCUGGCGAGUAUAGAGCAGCAGAGGAAUGAUGAAGAUAUUUUGAAGCUAGUCGAGGACCAGAAGAGGGAAAAGGAGGAUGCCCUUGCAAGAAUGCUUGAGUUGGAAAAGGAGCUGCAUGAGAAACGAGAACUUGAGCUUGAAGUGACGCGAUUGAAUGGCACACUCCAAGUGAUGAAACAUUUGGAGGGAGAUGAUGAUGGGGAUAUUCAUAACAAGAUGGAGAAGCUUAGUGAAAGACUAGAGCAUGAAAGGAAACGCCUGGAAGAGAUGAGCGGAGAGCUGGUGAAGAAAGAGCGUGAAAGUAACGACGAGUUACAGGAGGCCCGGAAAGAACUGAUAACGGGUUUGGAUGACAUACUAAGCGGGCGGACAGCUAUCGGGAUCAAAAGAAUGGGCGAACUUGAUGUAAGGCCUUUUGAGAAUGCAUGCAGGAGAAAGUAUGGGAAUGAUGAUUAUGAGAUGAGAGCAGCAGAGCUGAUCUCAGCUUGGCAGGACGAAAUAAAGAAGCCAGCAUGGCAUCCUUAUAAGUUUAUUAAGGCUGAUGAUGGAACCGACAAGGAAGUUGUAAAUAACGAUGACCCAAGACUGCGGGAAUUGUGGCUUGAUUAUGGUGACGAUGUGUGUAACGCAGUGAAGAUCGCUCUGAGCGAAGUAAACGAGUACAACCCCAGCGGAAGGUAUGUGGUUCCAGAGCUAUGGAACUUCCAGAAAAAUAGGAAGGCGACGAUGAAAGAGGUGUUCAGGUACAUCUUCCAGCAGAUGGAGACACCGGGAAAGCGCAGGAGGGGUAGAUGAUGGUUAGCACUUGCAGGGUGUAGGCCACUGUUACCAGUAGUCCUGACAUGGAAGUUGCAUUAUCUGCAUUAUGUUCCCUUCUUCAUUUGACGAUGGUGUUUCAGACCGGUGUUUGUUCCUAAACUGAUAUGAUCGGUGAACUCAAUAAUAAGCCUUCUUUGGGCUCCUAGUGGUACCUUGUGGACAUUUAUUUAGAUAGUGCUUGUGCAGGUGUCUAGAUAUGUAUUAGAUCUCUUCUCUGCGACCUUGUCAGUUGUACUCUCUGUGAGCAGUAUUAAUGAACUUAUUGCAAAGGACA